AUGUUGACUUCGGAGCUCUGGACACAUGCGACCCACAAGAACUCCAGCUACCUCAUAGAGAAAGCGCUUUGCUACUGUAGCCAGCAGGAUCAAGAAGUCCUGGUGGGGAAACUGGGUCAUCCUGAGGCUUUGCUGGAUUUGGCCUUGAACCAGUAUGGGAGCUUCGUUGCUCGAUCCUUGCUGCAGGAUAGCCGAGUAGACGCGGAGGCAGCGUUAGGUCAUUUGCAAGUUCGCCAAGCAGAUGUGGAAGCCACCAAGCACGGGCAUCGCUUCCUCGUGGAUGUGGGUGUGGUGUCUUGA